AUGCAACACCAACUACCGAACAAUAUUCAACAAUUAAUUCAACAACAAAUUCAACAACAACUUCAACAAUUAAUUCCUCAACAAAUUCAACAACAUAUUCAACAACAUCCACAAGAAACUCGUCAAAUUAUACCAUCUACUGAACCAGUAAAUAAAAUUGCAUUUGAAGACAUCAACGUUGAAAUAAUCUUAAAAUUAACUCAACUAUGGUUUAUAAAUAAAGUUAAACAUAAUUUAUUAAUUUCUAUGAUUUUGGUUGGACUACUUUCAUCUUUUAUUACCUGGUUAUUUUUCAAAUAA